GUGUGGUGUGGUGAUGUAGUCAGGUAUGGUGAGGUGAUGUAGUCAGGUAUGGUGUGGUGAUGUAGUCAGGUAUGGUGUGGUGAUGUAGUCAGGUAUGGUGUGGUGAUGUAGUCAGGUAUGGUGAGGUGAUGUAGUCAGGUGUGGUGUGGUGAUGUAGUCAGGUGUGGUGUGGUGAUGUAGUCAGGUAUGGUGUGGUGAUGUAGUCAGGUAUGGUGUGGUGAUGUAGUCAGGUGUGGUGUGGUGAUGUAGUCAGGUAUGGUGUGGUGAUGUAGUCAGGUGUGGUGUGGUGAUGUAGUCAGGUGUGGUGUGGUGAUGUAGUCAGGUGUGGUGUGGUGAUGUAGUCAGGUGUGGUGAGGUGAUGUAGUCAGGGGUGGCGCGGUGAUGUAGUCUGGUUUGGCGCGGUGUGGUGAUGUAGUCACGUGUGCAGAUGUGGUCAGGUGUGGUGUGGCGAUGUAGUGAGGUGGUGUGGUGCGGUAACGUGAGGUGGUGUGGUGUUGUGAGGUGUGAUGUAGUGAGUGAGGUGGUGUGGUGCGGUAACGUGAGGUGGUGUGGUGUUGAGGUGUGAUGCAGUGAGUGAGGAGGUGUAAUGCAGUGAGUGAGGUGGUGUGUUGUGAGGUAUGAUGUAGUGAGUGAGAUGGUGUGGUGUUGUGAGGUGUGAUGUAGUGAGUGAGGUGGUGUGGUGCGGUAACGUGAGGUAGUGUGGUGUGGUGAAGCAUGGCACGGUGUGGUAUAGUGGAGUGGUGAGUCGAGGUGAGGUAUGGCGUUGUGUGGUGAAGCAUGGCACGGUGUGGUACAGCGGAGUGGUGAGUCGAGGUGAGGUAUGGCGUUGUGUGGUGAAACAUGGCAAGGUGUGGUACAGCGGAGUGGUGAGUCGAGGUGAGGUAUGGCGUUGUGUGGUGAAGUUGUAAAGUGUGGUGUCGUGAGGUGGUGUGGUGAGCCAUGUGAUGUGAUGGUGUUGCGAGGUGGGGUGGUGUGGUGCGGUGCGGUGAGAUAGGAUGAGACAUUUGACCACGUGGUGUGUGGUGAGGAUGACUAUGUGGCUCGGCUUAUCAUGCUUACUGUGUGUGUGUGUGUGUGUGAGGAGGACAGUGUGGUGUGGUGUAUGGGUGUCGGGCGUGAUGCUGAGUGCGGGGGAAACGCAGAGCAGCAGCAUCAGCAGGCUGGCAGGCCGCUGUUCCUGGCCUCAGCACACCACUAUCGACCUUAGCAACACUGUGCUGGGAGAGGCAUCGCUCUUUAUCCCUAAAAAUCGCAUACGUAGUCCUCUUCAGUGCCCAGUCUUAUGCUGGGGCAUACCAGCCAGCGGGCGCGGGUGUCAGGGCCGCGGGCGGCGUGCGGGUGUGGGUGCGUGCUGCGGUGGAGGCCGCGGACGCACGUGCCCCGGCGGGCGCGGCGCCGCGGUGCACACCGCUGUGCAGCAGAGGAGCGGCCCGGGCCGGCACUGACACCCGCCUCCCGAUCACACUCCGCCCCGCCGACCGUGAGGUGUCGGUGACGCCGCGGUGCCGUCAGCCGCCGAGGGCCAAUGGGGAGGCGCGGGUCACGCGGCGGCGGUGACGUCACGGGGCUGGUGCGGGCUCGGCGCCUCCCCGGCCCCUCAGUUACCCACAAUCCCCCGUCCCGCCAGUCCAUGUCGCCGCCCCGGCCAGUCACCACCGCUGCGCCGACGUGACCACACGCGCGGCCUCAUGCAGCGCUCCAUAGAAGAAAUAAAAUCAAGAUUAUUGACGUGCACUGAUCAAGAUUAUAAUGUAAGCACCACUGAGAUCUCUCGAGCCACUUUAUGAGUUCACACUUUGGUUCCGCGGAACACACCGCAGCUGCGGAUCAUAAUGCGACCCGACAUGGCUGACAAGGGCCGUCAGGUGGGCCACACUAUAUCCGUCAUUUUCACCACACGCAACGCACGGGACGGCGCUGCAAGGCACAACACAGUGGUUCCAGCACGGCGAGCGAUCUUGUGUGGUGAGGAGAGCGCCGUGGGGAGUGGUGGUGUGGUGUGUGGUGAAGGUGCUCCCAACAUAUCACACAGUCCGGUGUGGCGGCGGCUGGACGGCGACUCCCGGGGCCGCCGCGCCACGCAUGCGCCCCGCGCCGCGCCGCCCGUCCCCGCAACGCACGCCGCCUCCCACAGGCCCUCGUGUGGCCCUCACGCGGCCCUCGGCGGCCCUGCAGGACCCUUGGCCGCCCCAUGCGAGUGUGUUGGGCGUGUGUGUGGCGGCGGGGCGGCCGGGGCAGCCCGGGGGCGGCGUGUGGUGGCCAUGGCUGUCGGGGCUGUGUUGCGGGGGCGGCGCCGGGGGAGGGUGGCGGGGCGGCAGGCGGGCCAGAGGUGGUGUGGCCCGCCCGUCAUGGCCAAGUCCCGCUCCGCCGCCGCCGCCAUGAACAUGAUGCACACAUUCCACCCUCACCACCACCCCCCAGUGAAAUAAACCACAUCCCUCCACCUGCCCGACCCUGCCUGUCUGCCCCAUGCCCUUGAGAAUGUCCCGCGGCCCCGGGCUCCCCUGUUACCUAGGACGUCACAGAUAUGACAGCAUGCCUGGAGCUCAUCAGCAAGCUAGAGAGAACGCCCAUCACUAAGGAAGUCUUAGAGUCCACCCGGCUAGGGAGACACAUCAAUAACAUCCGCCGCAAGACCAGCCACCAGGAGUUAAAACGGCGGCUGAAGGAUCUUGUACGGAAAUGGCGUAGAGAGGUCUUAGCAGAUGAAGUCAACGGGGCACCUGGGUCGGGGCCAGGGCCAGGCGGGACGGCCAGGGGCUCGGGGAAUGGCCACUCCCAGCCCAACUCCCCCUCGUCCCUACCGUCCAGCGGCAACACCAGCCCGGGAGUGUCGGCCCCCUCCACUCCCUCCACCCUGGUCCAGCGCACCCGCACGGCUUCUCCCACCCUCACCACUGCCCACUCGUCCCGCCCACUCAAGCCCGUGUCUCCUGCCUUAUUCCGUGGCCGCAUCCUCAGUCCGGGGUUGAGUCCGGCUCUGGCCUCCGUCUCGCCGGCCAUCACUCCUCCGCUGGCCAUCCCCAACCGCCCGCGCUCCCGCCCACAGUCCCCCUCAGUCACCCCCGGUGGUGUGCGGCAGCCUUCCAGGGCGGACGCUUCCUCCUAUGCCCCAAGUGCCGAAAAUGUAGCGAAAACGAACACAGCCAACAAGCGCUUGAGAAAAGACGAUGAGGAUUCUAGUGAUAUUCCAGUGGCCAAGCGACCUAGAAAUAAUGUAACUAAUGGGUUCGACGAAGACAGUAGAGACAGUUUUUCCAGUAUUGUUAGUAAUGAGUGUGCUAAGGUUACUAGUGCAAGUAGCGAGUGUAGCAAAUCUAGACGAAUAGCAAACAUAAACGCUGCUUUAAAGAGAAAGUCUACAGUCCUCGACACACACAAUGCCUCCGGCACCACUGACCAGCUCCAGCAGAAAAUGGCGGCCAUCCCUGUGUCCGCCAAGGCCUCCAAGGUGAAGACAACGUCGCAGAUCGUGGCGGAGCUGGCGGAGAGGAAGGGCGACAGCAAACUGGCGGAGAGGGCAAGCAAGUUGGAGGAGCAACACGUUCGGGAGCUGGCCAGCCCGGGCGGCACAUUGGGCAUGGGCCGGGCGUCGGACAGCGCCACCGUCACGCGCAACAAGAUGGACCACCUGCAGCGUUACCUCAGCUCACAGUCUGGCCCGGCCUUUGACGCGUACUCUGGCGGCGGCGACGAUGACCGAGAAUCCUUCUCCUCAGAGACCGAGGCAAGGCACUCCACGACACCACCGGUAUCCCCUCCCCCUGGGCCCCCACACAUCCCCCUCCCUGUCACGGCCCCCAGCAACCUGGACCUGCUGGGGGUAAUGAAUGGGGAAUCGGCCGAGGAGAUCCUGUCCCGCCUGCCGCCCAUAGACCCCGCCACCGUGGUGUGGGACGACCCGGAUGACCAGGCCGAGGCGCAGGACCAGGAAGGCAGGUCCGGGGAUGAGCAGGAGUCUGGCAGUGAGUCCGAGGACGAAACGGAGAGGCUGGUGCGCCGGUCUGAAAAGGUCCCUGCGAAAAAGGUGGACUGCCUCCACACGAGUAACCUAGACUGUCAAAACGGCAACUUUGACGUGGAUGGGAAGUUCCGUGAGUGGCACGAAGUAUUAGUCAGAAAAGGCUACCAGGAUGACCCUCUGAUAGUGUUGCCUUAUGUGAUAACUGAUUUUUGAAACACAAACUGUUUACAAUGAACCUGGUGGCUACUGAGAGGUGUCAAGAGGCUACCUAACUAUCCAUACAUGGUUGUCAUUCACUUUUACAUUUUUCUCAAGCCAUAGAACCAUGUUAGUCUGUUUCUUGUUAGUCUAUUUGUAUUUUGUGUGUGAUAUUCAUUUGUUUCCUUUUUGAUAACCCUCAAAAAAUGUUGCUAUAUACAUUAAUAUAUAAUUGAAAAGAAUGGCAUAUGUUGAUAUUGCUUACCUUGCUUAUGUUGCUUCAAGUUUUUUAUGAAGACAACCUGAAGAAGAUACAAGAGUUUUUAGGGUUAAGUGUAUACAGUGCCUCAAUGCCAGUGGGGAGAGACCUCAGUGAUCCUGCGGGGGACUGGACGUGGCAGCUCGCAGCGCCGCGUGGAGCUGGUCGGACCACAGACUCGUGUCGUGGCGGUACUUGUGUGGCACUAAAGUCUCUCCUCACUCAUUUUUAUUCACCUAAUGUAAAAGAAUCAGUACAGAUGCCUUUGGUAACUUUUCCAUAUCCGAGCUGAGAGCGGCGAACACGACAAGGCUUGUUGCCAGCCGCUGCUGCCGCCGCCACCGAGCGUUGUGCCGGGGAGGGUGACUUUGUCUUGGCAUUAGGAACGAUGGCCAUAUCUUUACCACUGUCUGUGCUCUGGUGUGAGGGUAGGGUAGUCAUGUGUGAGCCCCGAGUCCCUGGAGGCAGGGGUGUUCAGGCCUUGCUUGCCACCCCAAUUAGUACUCAUGUCGGAGGUAAACACUCCAGUUAUUACCUAUAUCAGGAGGGAAACUCCAAUUAGUACUCAUGUCAGCGGGGAAAGAGUGUCUAGAUAUUUGAACAUAGCUGUGAAAAUUGAUUAUUGUCGAAGUUUGAGAAGCAUUCCAUAGCCAAGUAUUUUUUCAUCACCCUGUUUUUUUCAAAGAGGGAACAGAUAUCUAGAAAUCUGAGCACAGGUACGAAAAUAAAUAAUUGUCUGUUUGAGAAGCUCCUUUUUUUGGCAAUGGUUCAUUUUUACUCCGGCCCGUGUUUACAAAGUAGUGUUAUUCCUGAUACGAAAGAAGUUACUUUAGAAAAUCAAUCUGUGAUAUGAAAAUGAACUUGUGUCAGUAUAAAGUGAUAAUCAUUCUUUUGAUAAUAGUUAAUAUAUUCAUCUUGCCUGAAAUUUUUAAAGGACUUGCCAUUUUAAUUUUAUAUGAAACACAACUUUUGAGAACCAAGUCGAGGUAUAAAACUGAACCGUCAUCAAAUUCCAACCAUUCUUUAUAUUUAGUGUGGUUAACCUUUAUAAGUUGGGUUAAUAUUUGCAUCUAAUAAUACUUCUGACAUGAGAACUAUGUGUGGUGGUGUGCGUGAAAGACAGAACACACCCGACUAAUGCUUCCUCCUGCUGUCCCAUUGCACACACUCCUCUCCUCUUGUUAGUUUCCACAGGGUUAUUCCUUCUAGUUUAUCACCUUGUUAUGGCUGCUUUAACCUCUAUCUUAACCUUCAGUCAGUGUGAGCAAUGGUGGCACGUGAGGUGGUUCUAGUGCCUCCCUCAACCUGCUGUCUUUUCCAGCCCCAGAUACGUACUUUUUUUGUUAGCCAGAAAACUGAUCCCAUUAUGAGCUGUGAUAUGACUGCAUUGUUACCUUUACUUUUAAGUUGAAUCAGGUAUUAUUUCUUUGAUUCCGUAGAGCCCACACAAUCGAGAAUUAGGUUAGGUUUGUCGAUCUGUAUGGGUCAUUCCAGUUAGUGCUCGUAUAAAAAAUCUGCCAUGGAAAGUUUGUUAGAGUGCAAAAUUAACUGCUGUCAUAAAGAUUGCUUAUCCUUCCAUAUUGACAGCUGUGAAUUUGUAUACCUCAGCUGUUUUCCACGGCAGCUCUUUCCAGAUAGAGUACUGCCGGAGUGGUCUGUGUGGAUGGCCAAACCUUCCCAACACUACUUUUAAGUUUCUCCUGAAAGUUGAUGCACACUGACUCUUGGCUUGUGUCUGUGGGGUGAGCAGCAGGAUUUUGAUGAGUUUAGUUUUGGGCAUCAGGUUCAUGGUACAGGUACAGGCUUGGGGCUCACACCUACCCCACAAGGGUCCAGACAGACACGAGAGCCGUAAGCAGUUUGUGUUGAGCUGUGUUGAUAACCAGUCCAGCGUUACGUAGCAGUUUGUUCGUCGUAGCUCGCUGCAGACCACACUGUUGUGAACUAAUGCUCAUUGUUCUGACAGAUCUUGCAGACUACUGGUCAUUGUUUUAGACCCAUUCGUUUGUUUAUUAUGUCAACUUAAUUCUGGCUGGUUGUUGUAUAUCUGUGAUGGAUCCAGUGUUUAAAAGGAAAGUGUUUAUCACAAGGAUAAAGAAGGCAAUUGUGCUCAUGUAUAUUGUCAUUACAUGCCAAAGAAUCAAUUUACAUGAUCUGUACACAUGGAGCCAUUAUUUUGUAAGACUGUGUCCCUCCUCUCCUCAGUUUGCUGCAUUCCUUUACUGUGGACGACAGACAUUCUUUAGUUUCCCGCUUCCUUUGUGUGACCAGCCGCUGCCUUAGCACAGGGUGGACAGAGGGUCAGGUGGGGCUGCCCAAGGAAAGGUAGAAAGGCCAAUGUAUUAAUGCAGUACUGCAUUUUAUUGUUUAUUUGUUUAUUUUUAUUGAAAAAGAGGAACGACAUUUUUAUGAUGCCUAGAGAUAUAGUGUCUUUAGACAGUUGAAGUAUUCCAAAGCUUGUAUGUGUUAACUUGAUACUUUUGCAGGAGUGCUUUAUAUAAAUGUGAAUGUGGCUACACUACGUACACCACACUUUUAUACCCUGUUGAAGAUUCCUAAGGUAAUGUGACCAACACUAGACAUUCUAGGUAGUUGUGUACAUACUGCUAUACAUUCAUAGACACCUGACUUGGCCUACACUAUGCAAAUUGUCUCUGUGUCUGGAGUGCUCCUGCCUCCCCCCUCCCCAGUCCUCCUCCUUGGUUCACUCUGGGAAGGAACAGUCAGGAUUGGAAGGUAAAUUCAUGAUCUAGAAAAAGACAUCCUUGCAGUUUUUCAAUAUUCUGUAGCAUAUUUCCUUUCCUUAUGUUAUCCAUUAGAUUAAACAUUAUUUACUUUACUAUGCCAUAAUUAACAACUGCCAUGUAAAUUUAUUUAUUCACUUCUGGAAACUAAGAAAGUGGCUAUGGAUUGAAAAUGUUUUAUUUUUGAGUGGCUGAUGGUAACCAAAGGCUGGUGCAGCUCCUGGAGCACUGACAAACUUAAGAAUGCAAAUGUCCAAUGCUGCAACAGUAAACAUAAUGUUAUUGGAUGUUUUGUAAUUUAUAGUUUUGUUGAAAAUAUGGAUUCAUUCCUAGCAAGAUACAAAAACCCAAUAAAAUGAUAACACUGGA